AUGACUUGGAGACGGGCCGCCGUCCUCGGUGCCUUUUUACUCACUUUACUUUUAAAGGUGUCAGAUGGAUCGGGACAGUUCGAGUUGCAGAUCUUAUCCACGCACAACGCGAACGGAGAGUUGCUGAACGGCGCGUGCUGCCACGGCACACGGAGCACCGCGGACACCAAGUGCACGCGGGGAGAGUGUCGAACCUUUUUUAAAGUUUGCCUCAAGGAAUACCAGUCGAGGGUUUCGGCGGCGGGGACCUGCAGUUUCGGAACGGGAACUACGCCUGUCCUCGGAGGGAAUACAUUUUCUUUUAGGAGCUCGGUCAGGAAUGACAAGGCCAGGAUAGUUUUGCCCUUCAGCUUCGCAUGGCCGAGAUCCUACACUUUGAUAAUACAAGCGUUGGACUUCAACAAUGAAACCAGCGGUGCAGAUGGGAGAGUGAUAGAGAAAUAUUUGUACUCGGGCCAGAUCAACCCGAGCCCAAACUGGCAUAAGAAGACCCACAAUGGCCCCGUCGCUCAGUUCGAGUACCAGAUCCGGGUCAGCUGCGACGAGCACUACUACGGCUUCGGCUGCAACAAGUUCUGUCGACCCAGGGACGAGUUCUUUGGGCAUUACACGUGCGACUACAACGGUAACAAGACUUGUCUGGAAGGCUGGUCGGGACCAGAAUGCAACACUGCAAUAUGCCGACAAGGCUGCAGUACUGAACACGGAUCAUGUCAGGAGCCCGGUGUUUGCACGUGUUUGUACGGCUGGCAAGGCCAAUACUGUGACAAGUGUAUCCCCCACCCCGGCUGUGUACAUGGCACAUGUGUGGAACCUUGGCAGUGCCUCUGCGACACCAACUGGGGUGGACAUCUUUGCGACAAAGAUCUCAACUACUGUGGCACUCACCAGCCGUGUAUUAACGGAGGGACUUGCAGCAACACUGGACCGGACAAGUACCAGUGUUCGUGUGCUGAAGGUUAUUCUGGAGCCAACUGUGAGAGAGCGGAACAUGCCUGUUUGUCCAAUCCCUGCUCAAAUGGCGGCAGCUGCUCAGAAACCAGUCACGGUUAUGAAUGUCACUGUGUGCCAGGCUGGAGCGGCCCUUCCUGCACUCUCAAUAUUGAUGACUGCUCUCCAAACCAUUGUAAUCACGGAGGGACCUGCCAAGAUCUUGUCAACGGCUACAAAUGUCUUUGUCCCUCUCAGUGGACUGGAAAGACAUGUUUGAUAGAUGCCAACGAAUGUGACGCCAAACCCUGCGUAAAUGCCAACUCGUGCCGCAACCUGAUUGGCGGGUACUUCUGCGAAUGCAGCCCCGGUUGGACGGGCCAGAACUGUGACGUCAAUAUAAACGACUGCAUGGACCAAUGCCAAAAUGGGGGAAUCUGCAAGGACUUGGUGAAUGGAUAUCGCUGUGUGUGUCCCCCCGGCUUCACCGGCGAGCACUGCGAGAGGGACAUUGACGAGUGUGCCAGCUCGCCUUGUCUCAACGGCGGGCGCUGCCAGGACGACAUCAACGGCUUCCACUGUCUCUGUCUGGCCAGAUUUUCAGGGAAUCUCUGCCAGCUGGAUAUCGAUUACUGCUCGCCCAACCCCUGUCAGAAUGGAGCACCCUGUUUCAACUUGGCCACAGACUACUACUGCGCCUGCCCGGAGGACUACGAGGGCAAGAACUGCUCUCACCUCAAGGACCACUGUCGCACCACUACAUGUAAAGUGAUUGACAGUUGCACGGUUGCGGUGGCAUCUAACAGUACGCCUGGAGGAGAGCGCUACAUUUCGUCCAAUGUGUGCGGGCCUCAUGGGCGGUGCCGGAGCCAAGCCGCUGGCCAGUUCAGUUGCGAAUGUCAAGAAGGCUUCAGAGGAACCUACUGCCAUGAAAAUAUCAACGACUGCGAGAGCAGCCCGUGUCGCAACGGUGGCACCUGUAUCGACAAAGUUAGCGUGUACCAGUGUAUCUGCGCUGACGGCUGGGAGGGCGACCACUGUGAGAUCAACAUUGACGACUGCAGCGCCAACCCCUGUCAUAAUGGUGGGACGUGUCGGGACCUGGUGACUGAUUUCUUUUGCGAGUGCAAGAAUGGCUGGAAGGGGAAAACGUGCCACUCCCGCGAAAGUCAGUGCGAUGAAGCCACUUGCAACAACGGAGGCACCUGCCAUGAUGAGGGCAAUGCCUUCCAGUGCAAGUGCUCCCCAGGGUGGGAGGGGACAACAUGCAACAUAGCCAAAAAUUCGAGCUGUCUUCCAAACCCUUGUGAGAAUGGAGGUACCUGCGUGGUGACGGGGGAGUCUUUCUCCUGUGUCUGCAAGGAGGGCUGGGAGGGUCCCACGUGCACCCAAAACACCAACGACUGCAGUCCACACCCAUGCUACAACAGUGGAACCUGUGUUGACGGAGACAACUGGUACCGCUGCGAGUGCGCCCCAGGCUUCGCAGGCCCAGACUGUCGGAUCAAUAUCAAUGAAUGCCAGUCCUCCCCGUGCUCUUUCGGAUCCACUUGUGUCGAUGAAAUUAACGGCUACCGCUGUCUGUGCCCACCAGACAGAAGUGGGGCGCACUGUCAAGAAGUGACAAGAAAAGCCUGCUCAGUUAAUGGACGCGUGAUAUCUGACGGGGUCAAAUGGGAUGAAGACUGCAACACUUGCCACUGUUUCAAUGGGAAAGUCAUAUGCACAAAGAUGUUGUGUGGUCCAGUAGCAUGCCACCUCGGUACCAAAGGCCGAAGCGGCUGUCCUUCAGGCCAGAGCUGCUUCCCCAUCAGAGAGGGCCACUGUUUCGUCAAACCCUGCCUCGGACUCGGGGAGUGCUGGCGCCCUGGUCCGAUUCCGCCGACCCCCAAAUGUCACCCAAGCUCUAGCUACGAGGAUAAUAGCUGCACCAACAUCACCUUCACCUUCGACAAGGAUAUCUUGUCUAGGAGCUUGACUGUGGAGAAUGUGUGUAACCAGCUGAGGCGCUUGUACGUGGUCAAGAAUUUGUCUUUGGAGCAUUCCGUGUCUAUAACCUGUGACCCGUCAUUCUCAGCCAGCAACGAGAUCCACGUCUGCAUCUCAACAGAGGACCACCGUUUGGACCGGAGUCCUAUAAAGGAGAUCACCGAGCGGCUAAUUGACCUGGUCAGCAAACGCAACGGGAACAACACUAUCAUCGCUUCCAUCGUGGAAGUGUGCGUGCCGAGCCCCAGCAAAACUGACUACCUAGUGCCCCUCCUCAGCUCCAUCUUCAUCGUCCUGUGGGUCCUCCUUCUCAUCUCCAUCCUGCUUUGGUGCAUGCGUCGCCGGCGGAAACAGAGUAGCCUCGGUGGCGGGGCGGCAGCGGCCGCCGGCUCCGAUGAUAAUACCACCAACAACGUGCGCGAGCAGCUCAACCAGAUCAAGAACCCCAUCGAGAAGCACGUGGGCCUGUCGGUGGCCAUCAAAGACUACGAGCACAAGAACUCCAUCAUCGCCAACAUGAGGACAAAUCACCCCGAGGGGGACGAGGACGACAAGGAGAGGCACCUCCAGAAGGGCCGCUUCGCCAAACAGCCGGCGUACACACUGGUGGAGCGGGACGAGAAGAUCUCGGGCCCCAACUCGGCCGGCAAACACCCAAAUUGGACUAAUAAACAGGACAACAGAGACUUGGAGACGGCAAACAGCAUAAACAGAAUGGACUACAUAGUAUAG